AUGGCUUCUCCUCAACGAAUCCGUACUCCGAUCACCGAUCUUCUCAAGAUCAACCACCCCGUCCUGCUGGCAGGCAUGAACGUGGCCGCGGGACCCAAGUUGGCCGCCGCUGUCACCAACGCUGGUGGUCUCGGUGUGAUCGGUGGCGUUGGCUACACCCCCGAUAUGCUCCGUGAGCAAAUCGCUGAACUCAAGGGCUUCUUGAACGACAAGAACGCACCCUUCGGUGUCGACCUUCUCCUUCCCCAAGUUGGCGGCAGUGCCCGCAAGACUAACUAUGACUACACCAAGGGUAAGCUGGGCGAGCUUGUCGAUAUCAUCAUCGAGGAAAAGGCCAGCCUUUUCGUCUCCGCCGUCGGUGUUCCCCCCAAGGCCGUUGUUGAGAAGCUCCACGGCGCCGGUAUCCUCACCAUGAACAUGAUCGGCCACCCCAAGCACGUCCAGAAGGCCCUCGAUGUCGGUAUCGAUAUCAUUUGCGCCCAGGGUGGUGAGGGUGGUGGUCACACCGGUGAUGUCCCGACUACCGUCCUCAUCCCCACGGUUGCCAAGUUGGUCGAGGGCAAGAAGAGCCCUUUGACCGGACAGCCCGUGCAGGUCAUCGCUGCCGGUGGCCUGUUCAACGGUAACUCCGUUGCCGCUGCUCUCAUGCUCGGUGCCUCCGCCGUCUGGAUCGGUACUCGCUUCAUUCUGUCUGAUGAGGCCGGUGCCCCUACUGCUCACCAGGAGGCUGUCCGCACCUCCAACUUCGAGGAUAACAUCCGUACUAUCAUCUUCACAGGCCGUCCCCUCCGUGUUCGCAAGAACGCUUACAUCCUCAACUGGGAGGAGAACCGUCACGAGGAGAUCAAGCAGCUUACUGCCAAGGGUAUCAUCCCUGUGGAGCACGAUAUGGAGAACCUGCCCGAUGACGUUGAUGAUGACACCUUCGACAACGCUCGUCCCUACCUGAUGGGCAAGGUCGCUGCCGUUGUUAACGAGAAGAAGUCUGCCAAGGCCAUUGUUGACGAGCUUGUCACCGAUGCCGCAGCUCUCCUCCAGAAGGGCAACAAGAUGGUUGCCAAGCUGUAA